UCAGGAUUUAGUUAUUCAUUCCAUCUCUCAGUUCUGCAGUUUUCUUAUACUGACAUAAUGAGUUGGAAUUCCAUUUUUGAAUGGUAAAAUUGUGACAACAUAGUCUACCGUAUGCUACUAUGAUGCUCUGCUUGUAAAACCUGUAAACAGACACAAAUUCAUCUUGAAAGCUCUUCUGCUGUUCAGGCUGUUCUGAACAGUGACAUCAUGAUUUAUUUCAUUGGUUCAAUAAUAUUGUCGUUUUUAUGUGGGGCGCUGACAAUCGUAUUUGUUGCUUUAUAUUUUGUUUACAAAUAUCGACAAGAUCUUUUCCAACUCGGCAAGAAACCUCGAGUCGAAUAUGAAAAAUCUCAUCUGGGUACACUUUUGCAUCACAAUCUAAAUAACGGAGGUGGAUCUUCUAUUCUUGGAGAAAAAGAAACUUGUCGUUUUGUCAAUGUUCUUUUUGCCUUCAUAUUCAGAGAAUGGAGAGAUACUAACCAACUCCAAAAAUGGGUUUUGAAGAAAAUCAACAUUGAAUUCAUGGAGUUUAUGGAAACUAAAACAGCAAGUCGACUCCUACAAGGAUUGAAGAUUCAUGAUGUCAGUUUGGGUUCGAAUUUCCCAGUGUUCCACAGUGCCAAAAUCAAGGAGCCAUAUUCCUUUACUGGUGAUGAACUACCGGAGACUGUUGUGUUAGAACUUGAUAUGGAAUAUCAUGGUGGAUUCUAUCUUGCUAUUGAUGUUGAUCUUGUAUUUGGUAGAACAGCAUUUCUUGCUGUCCGAAUCACAUAUUUGAAAGGACGAAUACGUCUACAUUUUAGCAGGCAACCAUGUACUCAUUGGUCGUUAUCAUUCAUGGAAGAACCGGAUAUAAAAUUUGAUGUUGAAACUAGUUUUGAAACAAGGCAGUUACCACAGCUCCAAUCUCUGAUAGUGAAUCAGAUCAGGAGAACGAUAAGAAGAAAACAUACAUUACCACAUUAUAAGAUGAGAUACAACCCAUUCUUUUCAUUCCAGCAUCCGGAUCAAAGUCCAUUUGAUGGCUUCAUUUCUGAAAUUCCAACUCAACCUUCGUCUCUUGAAGUUUGUGUUGCGGCAGCUACAAGAUUAUUAAUUUCAUCACGAGGAGAAAAAGAGCGGAAUGCUGAAGCACCAAACUAUGUCGUAUUUGUGACAAUAUCAGUGAAUGUAGAAACUUGUAUUGGAAAAGCUUUAUUGAGUCUUAUAUCCACUCCUAAUGCUGUACUUAAACCGGAAAUUCCUGAUGUAAUACCCAAUAAUAGUUCACUAGUGGAAACUCCAAGCACUUCAAGAACUCAACCCGUGACAAAGACUCCUAACACUACAUUUGAUACAAUUCAAAGAUCAUUUCUUGGGUUACGAAAAGAUAUAACGUCAAGUGCAGAACGCUCAAAGAAGCCACAACCUGCAGUAAGCCAACCUCAAGUACCAGAAAAGGUAGAUCAACCACCUGCAAUAGAAAAAGAUACCUUACCAGUUGCAAAGAUACAGAGAAAAGAUAGUGAAUCCUCAUCGAGCUCUAGUUCCUCUGGUCCUUCUUACGUCAUGGUUGCUUUAAACUUUGGCGCCACCUUGAGAGAAGAAAAUCAAGAAGACGGACAGAAGAUUGUUGUUGUUGAAAAUAUUACGGAACACAAUGACGGACAAUCAGGAAUGAAGGAUGGCGAUACUGUAAUAGAACUGAACAGUGUUCCAAUCACUUCAUUGAGUCAAGCUAUCACAACGAUUGAACUUAUUCGUGCAAAGAAAGAAUCCUUCAAAUUCAAGGUUAGAAGGAACAGGAUUGAACUGGAUAAAUCCAGUUUAAGCCAGAACAACCCAGCUGCAGAUUCAGAUAAAUCAAAUACAAGUAUGGACACAGAAUCUGAUCAUUCUGACGUAGACUUGGAAGAUUUUCAAGAUUUUGUCAACAUCAGUUUACAAGUUGCAGAGUUACAUAUGAAGGAUGGUUCUGGUGAUCGACGUACUUCAUCAAUGUCUGAAAAAGGACCUCAUUCGUCUACCAACCAAGCAAGACCUCAUUCAUCUUCUGUGGAUGGAAAUUUAGACACGAACGCAGAUGCACCAUAUAUGACUCUUGUAUCAUCACCUUCGCCAAGCACUUCGUUGAAGUCAUUGAAAUAUAAUGGAUCAGGUGACAAAGCUUCUCCACCAAAAAACACUGAAAAAGAUUCAUCAAAUAAAAAAGUUGAAAUCAAAAAGGAAAAACCACCCAGAUCCAGAAGCGAGUCACCACCAUUUUUUCGUAGAUCUCAUACAACGCCUAAACAGGAGAAAUCAACGCGACAAACUCUUACAGGUGCGCAAACGUCAACCGGAUCUGGGAAAGCAGAUAAAACUAAAAAAGAAUCACCAGUAAAGCGUAACCCGUCGCCUGCUCGUAAUUCAUCUUCGAAUCGUCAACCUGAAAUGUUUCAAGAAAUUUUUAAAACUCCUUCGCGACCUGAUAAAUCCGCAGAAGUUGUUUCUCCGCCAUCUAUUUCACCUCUACCUAGAACAACAGAGAAUUUAAGUUAUGCAAGAGUUGACGAUGAACUUGACUCUCAGCUAUUCAAGACAAGCCAUGUUAACUCGAAUCAACAUGAAUAUUCAUGGAAUAAUGAAAAAUUUCAAUUCAAUUUGAAAGAAAGACAUCGAUAUCUGAACAUCAGAUAUUGGACACAACAAAUUGGUAAACAAGGCAUUAUCAAAACUAAACCUCCACAAAUUGUCGGUUGCGUCUCGAUACCUUUAUGCGAGUUAGAAAUGAAUUGUCGCGGAGUUACAUCUCGACGAGUUACACGACGAUUCCCGUUAUUUGCUCCUAAUGAAUUACCUCAUGAUCAUAAAUGGUUUUUAGGCGAACCUGUUGCAAGUCGAUCUAGUUUUAGGGAACAGUAUUGUUAUGGUGACACAACCUUAACAGUAAAGCUGGAACCGAAGCCUGGUAAUAAGAACAACAGCAGUAAUCACAAUCCCCAUUCUCAUGAUCAUAAUGAUGAUGCAGGGUCGUAUUUUCCGGAUGAUGACACUAACGGAAUGUUGACAACAGAAAUGUUGAAUAAAAUGUCAGAAAGAUCAGGAUCUGACUAUCUCCUGUCUUCGAACCAACAACAAGGAAGACGAUUACUUGUGUCGAAAGAAACUCAAACACCGGAUAAAGAACAAUCCUCACCUAAGAAAUCUACUCAGAAUAAAACAAACGAAUCAACUGAUCAAUCAGAGACAGUUGAAGACGAUAAAGAGAUUCAUGAAACCACUAAAGUCCCAGUGCAUGAAAAAAGCAGUCUCUCACAAAUACUCAGAGGCUUUCUACAUGGUCAUAAAGCUAAUACUAACGAAAAUAAAAAGAAUGCAAAUGAUUUGCCAGCUGAUCCUGAAAUAGCAGAGGAUCCUGAUUCGCAAGAAAGUCUCAAACCAGACGAUGUCAUUGUUGGUGUCAUCACUAACGAUAAAUCCGGUUUGCACCAGUUUGAAGCGGUUAAAUUAACCAAAUCCAUGAAAUGUUCUUUUUGCCACAACAAACUCUGGACCAAAUCAGGUCUUCAGUGCACUAUAUGUUCAUCGGUUUGUCACAAGAGAUGUGUGGAGAAGUAUAAGAAAGAUGCUCCAUGCAUAGAUUCUACUGAAAAUGAGAAUGUUGAAACAAAACUUGUUGAUAAAUCAUCUGAUCGUUUUGUUGUUGUGGAUUCUGAUGAUAAUUCAGCAGAAAAAGGUCUACCAACAAAGGCUUUAUCCUUCCGAAAUAAAAUAUUAGACAUGACGAUGUCACCUGAAUCAAAAGAUGUCAAUUCAAAUGUUGAAAAUUCUGGCAUGAGGGUUCCUGGCUCUCGUCCGAGGACUUUUUCUCGCACUAAAGAAUCUGAACAUUUACUGGCUGUCAACGCUAAGCAAAUGGGAAGAGAUCUACACAGAGAUUUACCUUUGUCACAACGUAAAGCAAUGCUAGAAAGCCAAACACAAAAAGUUGAAAAUGAAUUACACAGUGAAAUUGAAGAGAAAGAAAGGCUAAUACAGGAACAAAAGCAGGCGGGGAACACUACACCUCAAUGGGAUAAAUUGAAUAAGAAAAUUUUGAAAUCAGAUGAGAGAUUGCAAGCACUGGCAUUACUUUUACUUCAUUAUAGAGCAGGAUUAGAAGAUUGUGAAUUUGAUUCAACUACUCAUGGUUUAGUAUUAUCUGACGAUGAAGAUGAAAUAUUCGGACAAGUUAGUUCCCACAAUAUACCUGAAGUUCGUAUAGAAAAUGCCACUGAAGAUGAAGCCAUCAAUGAUAAUAUGUAAUAUGUGGCAACAUAAUAUUUUUAUGUUGCCACAUAUUUUUUUCGCAGUAUCUUAAUGAAGCUUAUUAAGAGUAGUUAUGAUAUUCAAAUGGAGUCCCAACUCUGUGAUUUACUUUCUAUUACACUAUCUUUUAAAAGCAUUUGCUAUGCAAUUUUUCCAUGCAAGUGAUAAUAGACUGCUGUAGUGGUCAUAUACAUCUGAACCUAAAUAGUUGAUAUCUGGUUAUGAUUUACAAAUCGACAGGGUGAAGGCCAUAAGAGGAAAAAAUCUAUGCUGUCAAAUUGUUUUGCUAAGUUUUUGUUGUUAAUGUUUAUAUUGUUGUUGUUGCGAUGCAAAAACAAUUUUUCCUUUAAAUAUUGAAAAAUGAUUCAUCAUGUGCGGUAACGGAUAUCCAUCUACAAAAAGGACUAGCUUUAUAUUCACCAUAUUGCGGGAUUCUGUGUUUUAUUCAUUUUUUAAAUAUUAUAAGCUAAUUCACACAGCAUGUUACAACAUAGAAUUGUGCAAUUUCAUAUUUAAAAUAUUAUUAGCAUUAGCUAACAACUCGUACCUCUUUUUAUAAAUUGCACCAGCUUCUAUACAUUUUAAUAGUAUGCACGUUCCAUCUUUUUUUCCGGUACAAAACCAUUUUAAUGCAGCAGUAACUGGUCAUUCUUUUUUAAAUAUAAUAAUGUCCAUUCUUUAGGUUUAAUUGCCACUGUAUAGGUAAAACUUGGCAUGUCAUAUUUUCUGGCUGUGGUAUUUCUAUUUGUCAAAACUUUCAUUCUUACAGCAUAUAAAGUGGUAAAUGCAGUUAUUCAUAACGGUGAGAUUCCAUGAUGCUUUUUCCGUUUUUUAAAGUGAGCGGUUAUUAGAAUAUUUAUAUUAGCAUUAGAUCAUAUCAUCCAUAUUAUUGCCAGGAUAAGUUCUACAUGCAGUGCCUACCUUUAUGUGACAGUUUUGUUAUUUUUCUUCCAGCUGUAAAAAAGCGCGUUUUUAUUAUUAUCGUACGCUUCCUUCUUCAAGUCCUGAUAUGUGGGUAAACGCAAUAUUGCUGUAACAUUUUUUUAAUUCACUGUUUCUAUAUUUUGUGUAUUGAUGAGUAAAUAUGGCAGCAACAGAUUGAAUGAAAUUUGUGAUUUUUGUUAAGCCUUCUACAAAUUAUAGUUGAAUGCUUGA